UGGAAAUUAAGAAGCAACAUGGCAGAAUCGUUGUUUAUGUAUAGUAACUGAGGGUAAGUGAAAACGAGUUCAUAAACCGUUGUAACCACUGAUUGCCCUCUGCAUAAGAUUAUGACAUCUGAAUUUCUUAAUUUUGCUAAUAUGAAUGAUACUGAUGUAGAAGAACGGGGACAAAGGAGUUAGUUCUGUCAAGACAAACAGCUAGCCGCUCGAUCUCACGUAUUCGUCAUGGGACGCAUAGAUGCACCGGGGAGUCAUCAACCUCUAGGUUGAAUGCGUUCGCUGGAACAUUUGUUUUUAAAAUGUUCUUCAAUGAUGCAAGUUUAUGUGGUGGUUCUAGAAGGUGGACAAUAAUGAUAAAGACGCGAUGAAGAUGUUGACUGUUGGAACAGAAAUUUUGGCUGAAAAGGAAUUUGAGCUGCGACAUCAACAUGCAUUAUGUGAACAUGUGGAGUAUUUUCUGUCUAUACCAGCACAGUGACAUAGGCUGAUUAAAUGACAAAGUGACAGAUUUAAAUUAUCAGUAUUUGUCGCGAGCCAAUUGCAGUGUUUUUUGUCAUAUCCAUAUCACUAAACGUUUAGGUGUGGCAAAGAUUUUCCUGUAUGUUUUCGCUGAGAUGUAUUUUCAUUUCCUGAAAGGUUUUGCACUUUAGUUGUAACCUACACGUACUUCAUAUUUCACCGAAAGUUCUGAAAGGGGAAAACUGCAGCUCUUAGGAGCUGUAAAGCACAAGGCUUGAGUAAUUCUGACUCUAGGUUUAUACAAUAGCAAUUGGUGUGUUUAUCUGUGCCUGGACAUGUUUGUGUCCUGGAACCAUAAUGAUGAAUAAGGUUAUCUCAUCUCAAACAUUUCCACCAAACACUGAAGAACUAUAUUCACUUUGCAUACACUCACAAGAUGGGAAUUUAUCAUGAACGCUAUCAGUGAUGGUCAAUUGAUGAAGUUUGUGACUACUUCUGUGUGAUUAUUAAUUGGUCAUCAAUUGACUGAUGUCAGUCGAGGCCAAUUAACUAAUUAUACUCAGUUGUUGUUGAUUGAGGUUCUGAUCAUCAAUUUUCAUCUAUUGUUCAUGCUCUAGUACAUAGUUUUUAAGAAAAGUUCUGUCAGUUAGGUUACAGGUUUGAAUUUUGAUCAACAGGUUUCAGGGAUUUUAGCUGCAUUUUGUUCAGAAAUCCAGUUAUAUCUCACACUGUUGACCAUGGAAGGAAAAAUAUCACAGGCUGAAGAGCUGCUAAAAUCAUCAGCCCUGGACAAAAAAGAAGAGGCAGUUAACAUUUUAAUUGGAAUUUCCAAACAAGGAGACAAGAAAGCCACAGCUAUCUUAGCAAAAUGUCUAAAGGACAGAGAUGGAAUCAAUGCAGAAAAUGAAUAUGAAGUGGUGUGGUGUGUCAACACAAAAGAGGAGGACAAAAGACUUCAAUAUGCUGUAGAAGUUCUUUAUAAUUCUUUGAAAAAGAAUGAUGAAGACAAGCUUGCUCUUCAAGAUAUUGAUGAGGCUCUGAAAGAAGCAGAGGCAAAACUUAAGGUACUGAUUAAUAUUAGGUGAUUUUCAUUAAAUUAUUUGGAAUUUAUUCAACAAGAUUGGUAACUGUAUUAUAUUGCUCUAACACAGACCCCUAUAUACAACCCAGGUGCCUUGUACUAUUAGUUGAUUUAUGCAGAUUAAUUGUUUCAUUGCCUGGGCAGAUUGACCCAUCCAUGUUAUGAAAGGUUUAUUACAUUUUAUAACACAACUGAGAAACUAUAACCACCCUGACUGGUCAAAAACCUAUUGUUUUUUGCACUAGUAUAAAAGCCAUAGUUAUUUUAUAAAAUCAAUAGACCCCACUUUCUAUCUGUUAAACAGUGCAAUAACCCACUUGGGAUAUUGGGGGGUCUACUGCUUUCAUAAUUUGUCAAAAUUAACCAUUUUGAAUUUGAACUCUACUCCUUAGUUUAGAAAAAUACAACAGGUCAAAAAGUUUGUGUUGGUUUGCUGGGAUAUCUGGAUGAUCGUGAGAAAAUAUCAAUCAUUUAUAGGUUUUGGUAAUUAUACAUGGACUUUGUAGGAAAAAGAGACUGCAAGUCAGGAAACCACCUCCACUGAAGAUUUAGAGAAAGACCAGGAAGAGAUAAAACAAGAUUUAAGCCUCAUGAGCUUGUUGAUGAAUGCUUUGACAGUUGGUGGACAGAAUGAAUUCACUCUGAGUGAGAUGAAGGAUACAGCUUUGGCAUAUGCUAGGGGUGAAGUACCAGAAGUUGUUACCCUGCUCAGUAAAGAGGACAUGGAGAAAUUUCAAAAAGCUUCUGUACUAGAAAAGGUAUGUAGCACACCUAGCAUUUAAAAGUCAUUUCUACAAGUCCAGUGGUGACUGUCUUAUAUUAUUGAUUAGUAACUUUUGGGGUUUUUGUCAUCUCAGGCUCUUAUUUUAUUAAGUGUUAUUCAUUUAUCACAAAGAAGACAUCUCAGGCCCAGGGUGAGUAUUUAAUUUAACCCUCAGACCCUGAGUUAUUGUAAUCCUAGGCUUUACUGUGAAGCAAUAGAGAGGCCUUGCCGGUGGAGUUAAUGGUGACUACAAGAUAGUACCAGGUUCAUACAUGAUAAAAACACCCUACACACUACCAGUAUCAACAUUGUUAGAAGUGUAGUAUACAUAUUGUGAUAUAUUAUCUCAUAUUUUGUUCAGAAAGGCAAGGUAAGUUUUAACCAACAGUAGGUGGACUGGCAUGCUAAUGGUUACCUCCCUCAGCAGAACUUUGGUGAUGUCAGAGGAUGUUUAAAUACCCCUUUUGUAACCUUUGUUGUUCAAACAGAUGACAAGUAGAUGAGAUAGGUCAAGACUUCGUAUCUAGUCAGGUUGCUUGGCAAGAUUCUUAACAGUGGGGGUCUGUAAUUAAAUUUAGAAUCUUCCUAGUCUUUAAUUCUUACAAUUUUAUUGGUAAAUGUAUAACUUUUGAAUAACAGAAGUAGAAAUUAUACAUUUUCUGGAGCAUACUUCUCUUUGUAACACUUACAACUUAAAAAACUCAAAACAGAGUUGCUAUAAGCACACUUUGUAACAGCUUGUAUGGACUUUGUUAGGAGAAUGGAUAGUGAUAAUUAUCAGGUAAGUGUUGUAUCAUUUUCUGCUCUAUUUUGAAUGUCAGUUUCUCACCCUUAUCUAGGUCGUGCAGUUUCCACAGCAAUCCCUCGAAUAUGCCAAACAUUUCUUUCUUGUGAAGAUUUCAAAGGAAGGAUCAAGUUUUUUGAAGUCCUUGAUUCCAACAUCUCAAAUACACAUGCUGUUCCUUCUGUACAUCUACAGCCAUCUUACUGGAGAUUUUCUGUGGUUUCUUGUCCCACUGGUUGUGUUCUAUAUUGCAUUCAUAUCUCUGGUGGUGUUCUCACUUCAAAUGUUUUAUGGUAGAGAAGCUCUGCGGCAGCUACGGAGUGUUGCAGAGCUCAUGAAAAAGUAAGUGAUUCUCUCAGCCGUCUUUUUUUUUUUUUUUCAGCCAGCCUUGGAGGUUGUUUUGAUUUGUAUUGUUGAAGAAAAAAGUAACAAAGGGGACCAAAAGAAAUUAAUGGCUCCUGUAAGAAAGAACUCACACCCCUGCUGAUUCUAAUCCCAUGGUCUAAUGUUCUACCUAAUACUUAGCUCUAAAGAACUUAUUGAUGAGCUGGCUGGGCUGUAUGUUGUAACUGCAUGUUAUUAUUGUGAUGUUAAAAAAAAUGCCUAUGGUAUAAUGAUAUUAAGAUCCAUUUAAUGUAAUUGUAAAAAUCAAUAUUGCAUGACAUGAUAUAGUUGUUAUUUUCUACUAACAGCUCCAUCUACCAUUUAUUUUAAUGUAAAUGAAGUAACCACAUGAUUCUGUUAUGCAAUAAUAAUUUUAUUUAAUUUCAUAAUUUUGUCUAGAUUUGAUCCAAGACUUGAUGCACAAGAGACAGAAAGGACAUUUAUGUGGAAAUCUUCAGCUCCGUAUGUGUAUUUUUUCAUUGUUUUGCUGAUAACAGUAGCAGUUCUUCCACUUUGUGACAAGCAAUGGAUUCCAUGUUCUGAAAUGUCUUUGGUGGCUCUCUUGUUUACAGGUGAACAUGACCCUGUUUUUAUUGUUAUACUCAAAUAUGGAAUUUAUGUGAAUUCUCUUACAAAUUUUGUCCAAGAUUUAGGUAGAUAUGUAGCUUACUAGAGGGUAUGGCUGAUCCUACUUGUAUGGAGCUGUUUUUUUUUCCUGAUAAUAAUUCAUUGUAUUGAUUUUAACUGUAGUCAUUUACAUUCUGAGAUUGCAUGCUCAUCUAGUUUAUUUGUCUUAAAAUAAUAAAAUUUAGUUAAAAGAAAUUAUAAAUAUUUUUCCAUAGUGUAAGUUUAUUAGGCCCUUCUUCCAUCAUAGCUGUUCCAAAAAAUCUUGAAAUAGUGCUAGUAAUAAUUUUUGGGUCAGGUCUGAAAUGGAAGUGAAAAAAAAAUUUAAUAUUUUGUUGUCAAUUAGGAUAAAAAUUCCCUGCAAAGUUUUCAGGGAGUACAUAUCCUUCUAUCUCCUCCCCUAGCCCGCUUGGAUUUUGAGGUGCUUCAGUCUGCACUUUAUCAGCAAUGAAGUUUGAAGCUUGAGUUCUUUAAACAAUGCAAAUUUCCCAUCCUCUGAUUGGUUGCAGAUAGUAAUUUGGGACAGUCAUUCAUUUGCUUAAGUAGAAAAAUGAUGACCCCAUAAUCAAAAGAUUAGUGCAUGUAUUUGAUUGUCUCAAUGAUAAAAUGUUAAACUGACAGUAGUUGUUGGAAUAUUGUGGGAUUUGAAGCAAGUUGUUAGUAGUUUUAUCCUUUUCUAACUGUGCUUGUAUUUGAACUAGUUUCAUCUUUCAGAGGUUUGCCUGACAAAUAUGAUGACUAUGCAUUGUACACUAUUCUCCUUAAACUAAUGACAACUGGGUUACGAAGCAUGGAGAAUGUAAGAGUCUUGGGUGUCCUGUGCUAUCCUAUCUCUAGGGGUAAGUAUCACUUGCCGCUCAGUGUUACUUAAGAAUAAAGUGUGUUGGUUUUAACUUUUUGCUUUUUCCGUUUUUCUGUGUAGUGCCACUUCCCUAUGGGUUGGAAUUAGCAAUCAGCCUCCCCUCCCUACUUCACGUGAUCAUCCUUGUUUUACUCAUCAUCAUGGCGGGUCGUCACUCUUGGCGAGGCAUAUAUAAAGUACUUGUCCCACACGCAGUGUGCCUACUCUGGUGUCAGCUGUUUACGGAAUUAUUCCAUUUCACCUCAUGGGCGAGCCUGCUUCGUGCCACGGUGGGGUGGGUCAUUUUUGUCACCAUGCUACCCUUUCUGUUCCUAUUCACCGUUGGUCUUACAAUCACUUAUUUCUUGAAGUGGUUUAUGACUCUUGACAUCGCUCUGAAACUUGCUGUUACUGCAAUCAUCCUCGCAGUUACAUCAGUGUUCUUCUAUUACUCCAAAAUGGAAAUUCCCUAUUCGGGCAAACUCCAGCGCAAGAAGAAACUGCUAAUGAUCGUGGCGGGCCUAGCGGUGUUUUGCCUUUUGGUCCCUAUUGUUUUUGUCAAUUUUGUCCCUUCUCUAUAUGGCUCCCCAAAGCCCUUGACUUGGGCAGAGUAUUCCAAAACUUGUGGAUUGGAGGCCAGGGAAAGUGAAAAUGUGAACAUGGCAUCAGUACAGAUACAGUGCUCUGAAUUUCAGGGUGAGUCCGUGAACUGGACUGGAACUGUGGCUUAUGUCAAGGUAACCUCACUGGAAAAUCGUUUCAGACGCCUGUUAGCAUUCCUGCCUGUGUUUUUGCGGCCGACUUUCAAGUGCCUCCUUGGAGGAGAAGAAGAUGACAAUAUUGUCAGGUUAGACUUGUUAAUCCCCCCCCAGAUGCGAAACUGCUGUGAAAACAUUGCGUUAAUUUCUCAAAAGUUCAGUUGCGCUCUGGAAGAAGUUUCUUGUGUUUCUAACUCCCCAGCUAGCUCUCUCUAGCCAAACUGAUUGCAUCCAACCGCAAAAUCAAAACUGACUCCUCAGAUUAUAUAUUUUUCCCCAUGCAUUCACUCAAAAAUUUCAACGUUUUUCUCUUUUUUCAUUUUGUCCUUAGUUCUCCUCAGAAAAGCUCAUGGCUCCCAAGGGUGAGAGGACCGUGCCACCUUAAAACUUUUGACAGGUACACGUUUUCUGUUGGGGUGAACAUGACGGAUUCCAAGUCACACAGCAGUGAAGUGAUUCAAGUUACAGUGAAGCAUCGCUUCUAUCAUUCCAUGGUCACUUUACAAAAAUACACACAGGUAUAACAACGACGUUCAAAUUGUCUUUUUUUCCUUUCAGAGUCCUUAGUUCCUUUCUACUAUAGAGCUCUCACUCUGAAAGUUUGACAAAUUAAGUUCAGUUUAGGAGUGGUUGUAGACUAAAUUUAACGAGGGUAACAUUUGACGUUACUGAAACUGAUGAGCUCAUGGCUAUCAUGGCCCCAGAUGAUCUGAAUUCUGUAGCAUUGUCGCUUUGCUUGCAAAUUAUUGGCAGUGCAGUCCAGCAUCCAGGUAUGUCGAACUAUGAACGCGUGUCUAGGCGCGGACCUCCAUAACUAUAUUACUAUUGUCUUGCCCUUGUUAUCGAGGACCAUUUUAGCUGUCCUUAGGAAGUUCGAGAUAAAACCGAUGUACUGUAAAAGCCUGCAAACUUGCCUCUCCUGUGCACCUCCCCCCCCCACCCCCCUAUUACAGCAGUGAUACAUCACUGUGUCCUUGUUCUGUAUUUUCUUUCCCAGAUCACAUUUGAAGGACGCUUACAAAACGGUCCGCCUUACGUUACUGUCAGCGCCAAGAGACUUUAUAUCGACGGCGUUAAGGUCAAACCACGGAUUGGACUGGGGCGUGACGACAUAUAUGAAGGAUUGCGUGACUCAGGCAGAUUCAUGGCCCAGUUCUUUAUGACUCCCUUGGUAACUGAGAGAGAUGAACACGACGAUGACUAAAUAGUCCUAGCUGUUGUGAUAGACGAUUAGCGUGUUCCAACCACUUAAGUAGGGUACCCUAAGGUAAUGAAUAGAAAAGGGUGCUAGAGUCUCUGGGUACUUAAUCAUAACAGGGUAUCAGAGCCUCUAGGGUAUUGAAUAGUUGACCCCGUUCAUAGAAAGGUCUUUUCUCUCCAGAGAGGCCAUGUUUGCACGAAAAGGCACCUGCAAGAGAGUCAACUUGAAUAUUUUAGUAACCGUGAGAAGAAGUUGCCCAAGGUUAUUGGAAGAAAAGGUAACAAUAUCACCGUUCUUGUUAAUCUCUCAAUAAAGCUCCGACUUAUUUUCAAGAGGAAAAUCUUGAUCUAAUGAUUGAUGCUUCAGAAAAAAAUAUAUGUUAUUAUCAGGUUUGAAAAAAAGUAUUUAAUUAUUAAGUUUACAUUAUUUUAAAUAAUAAUUCAUUAUUAUCCUAAGUCUACUCCUCC